AUGUCGAAAAUGUGGGAAGUAGAUCCCGAGACAAGGGCCAAGCUUCUCCAAAUCUCAAAGACGAAUGGAAACGAUCGCUGUUGUGACUGCGGAGCGCCUUCCCCGCAAUGGGCAUCGCCGAAAUUCGGAAUCUUCAUCUGCUUAAACUGUGCAGGCACCCAUCGCGGGCUCGGAGUACACGUUUCAUUCGUCCGGUCUAUCACUAUGGAUGCCUUUAAGAAUGCCGAAAUACAGAGGAUGGACAAGGGGGGCAACGAUACCUGGAAAAGUUUCUACGACGAGCACACGAUUGUCAUCUCGGAGGGUCGGACGUUCGACGAUUCUACGAUAAAGGAGAGAUACGAUAGCGAAGUCGGGGAAGAAUACAAAGACAGGCUUACGGCAAAGAUUGAGGGCACCGAAUAUGUACCUAGAGAGAGAAAGAAGAAACAGCCUUCACCAGCUGAAAGUGCGUCGAGCUCGAGCACGCCGCUACAGGGGGGUCGAGCAUCUCCCGCGGUUGGGGCAACCCGGAAAGAACGCAAUGAAGCGUAUUUUGCGAAGUUGGGAAAUGAGAAUUCUGCCCGUCGAGAUGAUCUAGCUCCUUCUCAAGGCGGAAAAUAUGGUGGAUUUGGUGGCGGAGUGACGGUGUCUAGGGCUCCUCGACAAGAGAGCGCCGUACCCGGUCUCAAUGAUUUCCAAAGUGACCCUGUCGCGGCUUUAUCUAAGGGAUUUGGCUGGUUCACAUCGGCAGUGGGAAAGGGAGCCAAGAAUGUGAAUGAUGCAUACAUUCAACCUACUGCUAAAUCGCUCGCUGAGUCGGACUUCGCAGCACAGGCCCGCUUACAAGCCUCACAGCUAGGUCAAAACUUUCAAACCGGAGCGCGAGAUGCGGCUGAGCGAUUCAACCGAUUUGUCGAGGGCGAUACAUUUGGUGAUCAGCAGCGGCGUUAUCAGCCGGAACGACAAGAUUUCUGGGACGACUUUUCAGCGGCUGGAGAGCAAAGUGUUCGCCAAAAAAGGCAAUCUGGUGCCAUUGGUACUGCCACGAUGAAAUCCACCCCGUCAUCAACAGCCGCUGUUCCAUCGUCUAGAGUUAGCUCGGCGACCCCUGUUAGCACUGGCGUUGGCCCGAAUACUUCGACUUCUACUUCAUCGACGAAGGAGAAGGAGGAUUGGGGUGAGGAUGACUGGUAA